ACUAAGUGGAGGACCUCCAAGGAGAAGGACAGGACUCAAUGACAAGGCAGAGACACCCCCAGAAACAGGAACCCAUGCUUAUCUCAGGCCUCUGAAGUCCCUCCUGGGCAGGAGGUGGAAAUGUAGAAUACAGUAUCACCAAAUAGAAGCUUGAAACACUCAUCGAAAUAUAAAGCCAUGCUUCUUAGGCUCAAAAUUCCCAGCUGUCCUCAGGCACCACAAAAUGUAGGACACUCAAGGAAAACAGAGGACAAUUCCAAAACAAAAGCUAGAAACACUGAUAGAGAUAUAAAUUCAUGCUUCUUGGUCGUGCUGAAAAUGGAGGACAUGUUGGAAUUCCUCCCAGACAAAAGGUUGGGAUGGAAGACCUGUCCUGGGCAAGGAAGGCCUCUGGCCCCCCUGCGUCUGGGGAUAAGAAGAAAUGGGGAAGUAGCUGCUCUUUGAGACAAAGGAAUACAAGGAGAGGCAGAAGUUGAGGCAGAGAAUGAUUCUCCACAAUGGAGAUGGUGGACAAGUGGGCCAUUGCUUUUUCUUCUGCUGCUGCUAAUUACCAUCCCCCCCUUGUUCCUGAAGAUGUAUAUGCUUGUUGAAAGCCACUUAAAGUCCAUUCUUCAUUUGAAGAGGUCACCCAGUAUCAGAUCUUGGUCUCUCCUUGUAGGGAUCUCUUCUAUAGGCCUGGCUGCUGCUUAUUAUAGUGAAGAUAGCUUGGGAUGGAAACUUUUCUAUCUUGCUGGCUGUUUCUUUGUAGCUGUGCAAAACCUGGAGGAGUGGGAGGAAGCUAUAUUUGACAAGGAUGCUGGAAAAGUUUUCCUGAAGACAUUCAACCUGUACAAAAAGCUGUUGACCCUGUCGAAAGCUGGCCAUGAACAAGUAGUGGUUCCACUGGAUGAAAUUCGGGCUGUGAAUGUGGAAGAAGAGAAAGUACGUUACUUUGGGAAAGGCUAUCUAGUUGUGUUGCGAUUUGGGACUGGGUUUUCACACCCUCUGACGCAGAAUGCAGUGAUGGGCUGCAGAAGUGACGUAGAGGCUGUGGCCAAACUCAUUACUAGCUUUCUUGAACUGAACAAGAUGUCAGCUCAGCAAGAUCUUGAGGACAGCAGUGAAACUGAUGUUACUGAUGAAGAAGAACCUAAGGACACAACAGGCUGUGAUGCACAGAAAGCAAGAACUCCUUGAGUGGUACAGCACUAAAGUCUUAUGUUCCAGAUGUUCCUCUUGAGUUUUGACUUGCAUAUUUGUAGUUUUCUCUCCAUCUGUAAUUAUAACAGUUUGGAAGGAAAGACUUGGAGAAACCCUGGUUUUUGUUUUUUCCAUCUUUCCCUUUCUGUGGAACUUUUAUUGGAAUUUGCUAAGGAACCAAAGCAAGCAAUGGUGUUCUUGGCCCAGUUCAAAUAAUCAUCUAAACCCAGGAUAAAAAGUAAAAGGGCCACAUGCAGUUGUCUGGGGGUGGCUUUUACAUUUCCAUCACCAUCACACUGCCAUUUGUUUGUGUUGCAUGCUGAUUACUCCCAUUCUGCUGGCAGUGAUUUCACUCUCCCUUCCUACAUUCCUACCCAUCAGUAUCUGGAUUCUCAUGAGAGGAUGCAAUAAUAGCCAAAGAGCCAUUCCUGCAAGUGUGGGAGGCCAGAGGGUCUUCCAGAUGUUCUGGCAUUUACUGAGAAUAGGGGUUACCCUCUUGGUGCUGCUUCAGAUGACAAGAAUUUUUUGAUUUGUAGUUUGGUGAGAUAUUUAACCUUCUCUGUCAGAGCUCCGUUUCCACAACAAAUUACAGAUCCCAAGACUCCAUAGCAUUGAAUGAUGGCAGUUAAAGUGGUGUCAGACUAUAUUGUUUAUGCAGUGCAGUUGAAGCCUUGUUUUGUUUUGACUUACUUUGUGUAGAACAAACCUCUGAUUUCAGGUCUUUCUACUUCCUGGUUGAAAAAAGGUUUCUCUCAAGCCUAAAACAACCCACCCCUCCAAAAGCAUUGCAAAAUUGCCCACAUAGCCUGGAGAUGGGGAACUUUUUAGUUUUAAAAAUAAGAGGUUUUUUUAAAAAAAUGGGAACAGAUGAGAGGCCUCAAAAAUGGCUUUGUAGGAUUGCACUUUGCUCCUUCCUAGUGUAGAUUAUUGCCUGAAUUAUACCAUUAUGUUGUUUUACUUAUUGAUAUGUCUUUGCAAGUCUUGUCAUCACUUUAGUGACAGACUAGUACUGUAUUAUCUACACCUCUGUGUAAUUACCACUGUGUAAUUAGUUAUCUUGUGUUAGGUUUUUGUUUUUGUUUAUCUUUUGUCCCAAGCGAAUUUCCAGUGUAAUCGAAGUGUGCAAAUGAUUUUUUUUAAAAAAUAUUUUUGUUUAGCCCCUUAAGUAAAAAAAAAAAACCAAAACCACCCUAGUAUUAAUCUAGAAUUCUAGAUAGUAAUAUAAAUUUCGUCUUAAUUUAAAAAUGGUCUUAAAAAUCUGUCCUUGGUUUCUAAAAUGUAAACAUAUGUAUACCUCACAAUAUAAGAGCUUUUAAGAGUCCUGAUUUGUACACUUUUGGCGUCCUGUUCUUGGUGGACAUUUUAUAUGUGACUAGGUCCAACUGUAAAUACCUCUCAAGAGUAAAUAUACUUCAGAUCACUCCUAUUUAUGUGGUUUUAAGGGGUCAAAUGUAAAUUGCGGCAUUUCAAACCUUUUUUAAAUACACCUUUUUUAACAAAAAGUUUCUGUACUGUUUCUUGCUCAGUAUUAAGAUUUCUGGUCAGAAACACUAGUCUUGUAGUAGAACUUGCCUUGUUUUCUCUUUCCAUGUGGCUAGAACAUAUGUAUGUCUACCUGGCUUAAAAACACCACCAUUAACAAAUGUUGAAGGAAAGCUAAAGGAGACCACCUGUAGUUACUUGUUUAAUACAAUACUAAUAUAAGCUUAGUGAAUAUAUGCAAUCCUAUCUGAACUCCAAAACACAUAAUUUAGUACAUAAUUAUGGAAUUACAGUUAAUACACAUGGUAUUCUGGAGAGAAUAGUUAACUUUAAUAUGACACAAUUUCCUGAAUUGUUAAGACUCCAGCGUCUACAUACUUAGCAAUAAAUCCUACAAUUCAGCGGGGCUUACUUCUGAGAGGGCUAAAAGUGCACUGUAUGUAUCUUUGCUGAUAUGUGUUUAAUAUGCAAAACUAUCUUUCUCCAGAGUAUGGUUGAAGGUUUGAAUUCAUGUUUAAGUCAAAUUAAAAUGUGUGACAAAGUGGGGACCAUGAGUUGUGGAGAGUUAAGAAUGAGGUAAUGUUUUGGAAUUCUGAGGUGAUCCCCUAGCAGCAAGAGUGCUUAUGUUGCAUUUUUCUUUGUAACAGGAGCUAGGAAGUGCCACCCUUUUACAAUGGGUACCUCCAGAGAAUCAUUAGUUUUAAUUGAUCAAUUGAUUCAGAAAAAUUAGUCUGUAUGUUUUGAAAAGCAUUUCUUUUCAUAUGUACUAGAAAUGUUUUAAAAGAUGGACUUUUAACCAUGAAUGAUGGCCUGUUACAGAUUGCCAAAAUA